AUGGUAGCAAAGAAGAAGAAGAAGAAGAAGAAGAAGAAGAAGAAUGUAUUAGCGAGCCGCCCUUUCCUUCUCGUCAUAGAUCUCACAGUAAGGCCAGUCACAGUGCUGAUGUUUGACAACCCUGGGAGACAGGAGGACCUGAUCUCAGCAAAGGAAGGUACCCCAGAGUUACUAGGAUCCUCAUGGUUCACGAGCAGGAAAGUGCGGUCUUUCUCAGAUCCACUUCUACUCCGUAGUCUCAAGAUCCCCUCACCGUCCUAUCAUGAAGUUUAUCAAAGCGUCUCCUUCGACAGACCCACCCUCUUCUAA